AUGUCCGCCGCUAAAUUAACCUCAUGCCUCGCCGCAGCCACCGCCGCCGCAGCGGCUUCAAUCUCCUCGCAAUCCAAUCCUGCUUACUCCGAAUCUUUCUUCCGUUUCCCCUUUUUCUCUUCUUCACCUUCCAAUUCACCUCCGCCAACGGACCAAUCAUCUGAUAAAAAAUCGGAUUCACCGCCGCCGGCGGAAGAACCUAAUAAGUCCGGUUUUGAUCCUGAAUCGUUAGAAAGAGCUGCUAAAGCUCUCCGUGAAAUCAACAGUUCUCCUCACGCUAAAAAGGUGUUUGAUUUAAUGCGUAAACAAGAACAAUCUCGUCUUGCUGAGUUAGAUGCUGAAAAAGUUAAUUAUGAACUUAUUCAGACUCAAGGAGAUAUUGAUAGGUUGCGUAAAAUGGCUGAAGAACAACGAAAUCUAAUACAAGAGCAGAACCAGAGGCAGGCUCAGGUGUUACGAUUUGAAGAUGAAUUGGCAAGGAAAAGAAUGCAGACAGAUCAUGAAGAUCAAAGGCGACAUAAUGUUGAGUUGGUCCAGAUGCAAGAGAAGUCUUUUGUACGAAAGGAGCAGGCAAGAAAGGAUUCCGAAGAACAGAUGCAAGCUCAGAAACUUCUGACUGAGCAAAAGAAAGCGGAAAUAGACAAAGAAACCAUUAGAGCUAAGGAAAAGGCAAAUGCUGAAAAACGAAUCCGUUUAAAGGUAUUGACAGAGGAGCAAAACAGGAGAGAGCUUAAAGACAAACUGCAGGGGGAAACAGAUAAAUGGAUUGCUGCAAUUAAUGCUACUUUUAGUCAUAUUGAAGGUGGUCUAAGGAUAUUAUUGACCGAUAGGGACAAAUUGCUUAUGACUGUUGGUGGAGCUACUGCAUUAGCUGCAGGAGUAUAUACGACGAGAGAAGGCGCAAAAGUAACAUGGGGAUAUAUUAAUCGGAUUCUGGGGCAGCCAUCAUUGAUCCGGGAAUCAUCAAUGGCAAAGUUUCCGGGAUCAAGGAUGAUGUCUCAAGCCAAAAAUAAAGUUUUAAAUUAUAGUACCUUGGCCAGGGAAAAAAAGUCUGUUGGGAUUCAAAAUGGUCUUGGAAAUGUAAUCUUGCAUCCCUCAUUGCAGAGAAGAAUAGUGCAUUUAGCACGGGCAACAUCAAACACGAAGGCCCAUCAGGCACCGUUUCGUAACAUGCUUUUUUAUGGGCCUCCUGGGACUGGUAAAACCAUGGUUGCAAGGGAAAUAGCUAGAAAAUCGGGUUUGGAUUAUGCAAUGAUGACCGGAGGAGAUGUUGCACCUCUGGGCCCACAGGCUGUUACCAAAAUUCACGAGAUAUUUGAUUGGGCCAAGAAAUCUAAAAGAGGCCUGUUGCUUUUUAUUGACGAGGCAGAUGCUUUCCUUUGCGAGCGUAAUAGCUCACACAUGAGUGAAGCUCAACGAAGUGCCCUAAAUGCAUUGCUUUUCAGAACUGGUGAUCAGUCUAGAGACAUAGUACUUGUGCUUGCGACAAACAGACCAGGAGAUCUUGAUAGUGCAAUUACUGAUCGUAUUGAUGAAGUGAUUGAAUUCCCACUUCCAGGAGAGGAGGAGCGUCUUAAGUUAUUGAAUCUCUAUUUGAACAAGUAUCUAUGUGAUGAAAGUAAUGGCUCCAAGGGGGGAUUAUUUAUGAAGAAGCAGCCCCAGCAAAUUACCAUAAAAGAUUUAUCAGAAGACGUGCUGAAAGAGGCUGCCAAGAAAACAGAGGGAUUUUCUGGCCGUGAGAUAGCCAAACUCAUGGCCAGCGUCCAAGCUGCUGUCUAUGGGCGUCCUGAUUGCGCCUUGGAUUCUAAGUUGUUUAGAGAAAUUGUUGAUUACAAGGUGGUGGAACAUCAUCAGCGGUUAAAACUAGCAGCUGAAGGCGGCCUCCCUGCCUGAUCAAACGUAACAACUUAUCCGUGGCCCAUGAAAGCAUAUUCUUUUUAAAACAUUGCGGAGAUGCAUUUUGUGAGCCACAUAGAUAGCAAGUUUUAGCUUUAUUAAUUAUAGCAUUGGAGGCUUUAAUUAAAUGGAAGCAUUCCAGCAGAACCUGUUCUUUUCGUGCUAUAUGGAGCAAGAAGCCAGGUCUUGAGAGCGUAGAAGUCAAUUUAACCUGUCUAUUAAAUCAAAUAUAUAAAAAUGCUCACAGUUGUAACUUAAACUUGCAUUUUGUUUUGAAUUUCAGUUUUGUUAAAUUCCAAUAAGAAUCUACAUGAAUGAUAUGUUGAAUGAUCGUUUAUUUUAUUUUUUUUAACUUCAA